CGCCAGUUGGUGUUGUUUGAUCUCGCGCUAUUAUACAUGCACUCACUGCUUCAACAGGCGGCGCUGUUUUCUAACCGUGAGAGAUUAUUCGGAUAAAGACAAGCAGGGGGAGUGGAAGGAGCUCAGGCUAUUGUUGAUCACGAAAACCGGUUUGUUCGUUUAGCUUUUUAUUUCUGCGAUGAAGGAAAUGUAGACAAUUGAUGGCAUGCAGAUUGCGUAGGCUUGAACCCUGCGCGUGCAAAUCGUCUACAUCUGUGUGAGAUCAUUCGCUGUCAACAAUAGAGUUACGAAGCGCUCGCGUGCUGAACCCAAAGCCAAGUUUCGAGUUGGUAUAAAUGGAUGUAGUCAAGGCUUUUCGAUCAUUAUUUCGCAUCUUAACAAUGUGAGUAUUUGAACGUCAACUUUAACGGCAUCGUUUGCAUGAGCAACGUCGUGCCGGGGAUGAAUGAACAAGGAAGAUGAAUCGAGGUCAGUUGAAAAGGAAUAACAAAGAGAACCUGCUCUGCAGUCUCGCGAGCAACCAUUAGCGGAAGCGGCACGUUGUGUUUGACAUUCGAACUUCGCAGUAUCGUUUGAGUCCGUUUGAAGCGGAGCCACUGGAAACCAACCAUGUCGAAUUUUUACUGACUUAAAAAGCAGAUGUGUUAGUAAAAUUCCGUUAAAGGGGAGGCUUUCAGUUUACAAGUUAUGACGCGUCGGUUAAACGUUAUUUAAAAAAACCGAGCUUGCGCGUUUGGGGAAUUAAUGUUUAAACCUGGAGUUGGUCGUUUCUUAUUCACCGAAAACUAAGAAUGACGACGCGUAACGUUAUGUGAAUGUGAAGCAAGGUUAAGCUUUGUGCCAUUACGACCUUGGGAUUGAAAGUGAUCAUUACAUUUAACAGCAGGCCACUGUCCUGCCCGCUCAGUUUACCGCCUAUGUGGAUUGAAUGCACCCCUCAGCGCCCUACAGGAUGGAUGAGCCGGAUGUGAGGGCUCCUGUUUAUUAUCUUAAUCGACAUAUUUUGAUCUGUGCGUGGAUACUGCAUUACUUUUGUCACAGAGCACUCCCUGUGCUUCUCUCCAACACUUAAGUUGCAAAAGUAUUAACUUUAUCUGAACUGCUGUUUUGAGAGGAGGGAGUCUUGGUGAAUCUCUACUAGGAUUAAAGCAACCUCUUCUCAUUGUCCUAUAUUAAUACUACUUUUUCUGUGGUUGCAUGGAUAGUGUAUAAGGUUUGACCUAACUGCUCACUCCACUGGGUGGAGAAAUGUCUGAAAAUCUCAACAAGAUGGUCAAGUUUCUUUCCCCCCCUUCUAAGAACUUCAAUGGUUCUAGCUCAGACUUGCUUGUUGGCGAGCGUCUAGGUGUUGAUGUCCGGCGUCGCCACCACACUAUGGAGCGAGAACUUAAGGCAGAGCACCGGUUCUUUCGUCGCAGUGUCAUCAGUGACUCCAAUGCCACGGCUUUGGAGCUGCCCAGCAAAAACUGUAUUCUAGCUACCUCAACAGACUGCUCUGCUCCUGUUUGUAAUCCUCUUGUCCCGGGAACCCAAGCUGCAUCGCCAGCCACACUCCCUGUUGUAUUGGUAAAGAAGAAUGUUGAUGGAACAAAAAAUUGUGUAAGUGUAGAGGCAGCUGUAGAGGCGAAGCCAGUGCUGAUUGGUUGCGAUGGGGAUGCCAUGCAGAUUCUUUCAUCAGAACCACCAUGUUUGGAGCUGAAGUCGGGAGUUUGUGUUGACACAAAACGAGAGGGUGAGAAAGAGGAAGAUGAAGAUAAAGAGAAGGCGCGAGCAGAGGCAGAGUUGCGGGAAGCAGAAAAGAAAGAGCAAGAGGAAAUUGAGGAGGUUGAGACACAGGCAGUCGGGACGUCACCGGAUGGACGCUUUUUAAAGUUUGACAUUGAGAUUGGACGUGGGUCUUUCAAGACAGUCUACAAGGGCCUGGACACUGAAACCACUGUGGAGGUGGCAUGGUGUGAAUUGCAGGAUCGCAAGCUGUCGAAAUCAGAGCGCCAACGCUUUAAAGAGGAAGCAGGAAUGCUGAAGGGUCUUCAACAUCCCAACAUAGUACGCUUCUAUGACUCCUGGGAGUCUUCAGUAAAAGGGAGGAAGUGUAUUGUCCUGGUGACUGAACUCAUGACAUCUGGGACUCUCAAGACGUAUCUGAAACGGUUUAAGGAGAUGAAGAUUAAAGUCCUGCGCAGUUGGUGCCGGCAGAUCUUGAAGGGUUUGCACUUCCUCCAUACCAGGUCACCUCCCAUUAUCCACCGAGACCUCAAGUGUGACAACAUCUUUAUCACUGGCCCUACUGGAUCAGUCAAGAUUGGAGACUUGGGCCUGGCUACCCUUAAAAGGGCCUCCUUUGCUAAGAGUGUUAUAGGUACCCCUGAAUUCAUGGCACCUGAGAUGUAUGAGGAGAAGUAUGACGAGUCGGUGGAUGUGUAUGCCUUUGGGAUGUGUAUGCUGGAGAUGGCUACUUCUGAGUACCCUUACUCCGAGUGUCAGAAUGCGGCUCAGAUCUAUCGCAGAGUCACCAGCGGUGUGAAGCCUGGCAGUUUUGACAAGGUAGCUAUUCCUGAAGUGAAGGAGAUCAUUGAGGGCUGUAUACGUCAGAAUAAAGACGAGAGGUAUUGCAUCAAAGACCUCCUGAGCCAUGCCUUUUUCCAGGAGGAGACUGGGGUUCGUGUAGAAUUGGCAGAGGAGGAUGAUGGAGAGCUGGUGGCCAUAAAGCUUUUGCUGCGCAUUGAAGAUGUAAAGAAGCUUAAAGGAAAAUACAAGGAAAAUGAAGCCAUUGAGUUUUCCUUUGACCUGAGCAAAGACGUCCCAGAUGAUGUUGCCCAAGAAAUGGUCGUUUCAGGCUAUGUGUGCGAGGGUGACCAUAAAACCAUUGCAAAAUCUAUAAAGGACAGAGUUUCCCUGAUAUGCCGUAAAAGAGAGCAGAGAAAACUGGUAAGAGAGGAACAGGAAAAGAGGAAGAUGGAGCAGAAAGGACUCGAGGCUCCGAGUGAAACCCAACAACCUGGACCGCAUGCUCAUGCCAAUCCCCCUGCUCCCGCUCUGGCCCCAGUCAUCAUGGAGUCUGAGGAAUCAGAGGCUGACCAGCAGCUGCAACAGCCUGGAGCAUCCACUGUGGGUUUUGUGGACCCUCAAGGUUCAGGGAUUGUUCCUGAGUCUCAGCCUGUUCAGGCAGGUGUGUCUUUCAGCUCUGUACAGCCUGAUCCGCAGCCAAAGCACACCAUGACCCAUCCUCAAAGCAUGUCACAUCCCCAAGCACAAGCUCCUCUGCAGCAGGUCAGCAGUGCUUCGACCAUAGGCCCUAUCCCCCAGAAUGGAUCUGCGGCCCCACCACAGGUAAUGGAACAGCCACCCUCUCUGCCCCCUGCUGUUCAGCCUACUGUCUCCCUGCAGUACCAUCAGCCACCUCAGGAUGGCAGUAUUCCCCCUCAGACCGUCAUUCCACCUCAAACACUGCAGGGGCCUCAUGUCUUGCAGCCACCUCUAAGCGUAUGUCAGCUGCUGGCACCAGAGCAGACACAACCUCUGGUUCCAGCCUCCACAGAGAGUGGUCACUCAGAUGCUGCGUCUGGUCUGAGUGAUGGGAACGAGGGCAGGCACGAGGGGCAUUCCAUUAAACAACCCCUAAGGCGUUCUGUACGCAGCCGAUCACGUCACGAAAAGAUGGCCAAGGCCAAGCUCAAUGUGCUCAAUAUUUCUAAUAUUGGUGACAGAGUGGCUGAAUGCCAGCUGGAAACCCACAACAGGAAGAUGGUCACAUUCAAAUUUGAUUUGGAUGGAGAUAAUCCUGUAGAAAUUGCUGAAAUUAUGGUCAAAAGUGAUUUUAUCCGCGAGAGUGAGCGGGAGUCCUUCGUAGAGCAGGUUGAAGAGGUCAUUCAAAUGGCAGAUCGGUUAGGAAAAGCUAAAAAAAAUAGCCAACAGGUGAUCAAUAAUUUGGGCCAGCAAAUACCUGAAAUUUCAACAUCUAUUGUGCCUGAAGGCGUGCCACCUAGCAUGGCAGCUCAAGUUGUACAUUCAGCAGGCCGACGCUUCAUAGUAAGCCCAGUACCAGAAGCACGACUUCGGGAACCAUUCUUUGGGCCUCCUUCUGCCAACACAUCUUUUGAAGACUCUGCACCAGUUCCACUGUCCGAUCCAACAUCAGCCAACAGUGUUCAGCAGAACCAAGCCAACUUGGCCCAGAGUUCUACCCAGAUUUCUGUGAUACCAGCCACACCUGGAGGUCUUGCCCCAGAUACCUGUAAUCCACCUACUUCUCAGUCUUUGUACCAGAGUCCUGCUCCAGCAGCCUCUACGACUCUGGCAGCUGUCACCACUCAAGGUUCCACUCCUCCGCUUGCCAAUCAGCAAACCAGUACAGGGAGGAUGUCUCCCUCCCCAGCUGAGUUAACACCCCAGCGUCGAUUAUCACUUCCCAGCCCUUCUGCACCUUACCAGAGUCCCCAAACAGUUGUGGGUCUGCAGGUUGAGAGCAAUAGCUUGAUGGUCCAAACUAAUGGUGACCAAACUCUAGCCUCCAUCGAUCAGGUGCAAGUCACCACCUCAACUGUCCCCAUAGUGCAGCCAGCUGCAGUGGGAGAGAGUGAAAGUGAUUCCCAAGGAAAGCCCCCUGGUAUUGAGGACAUUCAUGCUUUGGACCAGAAGCUGCGUUCCCUUUUCAAGGACUCCUCACAGAGCUCCUCCACUCAACCUGAUGGAUCUGGAGAGACUGCUCCAACAUCUUCACCACCCAACACUAUCAGCACAAAUGCUCCUAGCUUAGUCUCUGUGCCUCCUAGUUUGUCUCUCAGCUCAAGUGGGCAAUUUGCACCUGGUGCUUUUGCUUCUAUUGGCCAGGCAGGAACUCCUACAAGCUGUGCCCAGACACCAUCUGCAGAGCCUUCCCCACAAAGGCAACAGACCUCUGUGGCUGUAAAUCAACCAGAUGGACAAACCAACGCAGAGGAAAAGCAUAUAGCCACAUCACCACCAGACAAAGGUUUCAGACUUGGCCGAUUUCAGGUUUCUGUGGCCAGCGAUCAAGACCCAGUCUGUGCUCCUCCAGAUUCAGCAGUUGUAAACUCAUCUUCCUCCAUCACUCCCUCUUCGAUAUCCUCAUCUACCUCCUCCUCAACUUCAUCAAUCUCUAGCCCUGAAAACACUGUUCAUAAAUCUCAAACCCUGCCCUGGGCCAGUUCUAAUUCCAUCCCAGGUACCUCUACAGUUGGCCGCUUUCAGGUGACCUCCAACACUGACAUCAAAGUGGGCCGCUUCUCCGUGACUCCAGCAGACGGGAGGAUUUCCUCUGUGAGCUCUGUUGAUGGACAGGCCACCACUAAAGAUUCGAAGAUGACAUAUUCAAGCAUGUCCAUCACAAAUCACUACCUUAGCAGUGAUAACGACUCUGAACCAGAGGAUGAGGGCUUUAAAGAAGAGAUGAACAAGCUCAGGGAGAGGCAUAUUGCUGAGAUCCAGACUUUACAUAAUAAACAGAAAAAAGAGAUUGAAGAACUGUUUAGACGUUUGGGCAAAACCCCGCCCUCUGUGGUUGUUCCUCCAACAGUGGCCAUAGCAGGAAGCAGGCGGAGACCAACUAAGGGCAAAGGAAAUAAAUCAAACCGUAGUGGCAUUCUGGCCAGUUCUCUUCAACAAGGGAACAAACAAUCUGCACAGAGUGGUCUAAGUUCAGUCAACCUGUCCGCUGCUUGGAAGGCUUCAACUUCUGAAACUGUAUCAAGCUCAUAUGUUCAUACACAAGGGACCACAAGUCCAGAAAGAGCAGAGAAUGGACAGAACCAGGACCAAACACCUGCUACUAAUCUGCCACGCAAAGGCACAUUUACAGAUGACCUCCAUCAGUUGGUUGAUAACUGGGCCAGGGAUGCCAAGAACAAGAUGCCACAUGUCAAGAAAGGCUCCAAGAAAAAUUCACUUUCCCAUGGUAUGAUGCCACGUAAAUACUCUGCACCAGGUCAGCUCUGCUCCAUUGGUGGCCACAUGCCAUCAAACCUCUCAACAGAACACAAGGGUUCACUGUGUUUGAACAGUCCACAGUUUGGCUUCCCCAGUCCCACAUACAGCACGCCACAGUGGACUCGGGUGGGCCUGCUGGAGUCUGCAGCUCCCACUGCAGGGCUACAGCAGGGCUUCCUCAUACCCUCAGGAGUCCACAAAUCCGGAAACAGCUGUGGGUCAACAAAUCUACGGACCACUCAGGCAAGCUGAAACAACUGUGGAAGAGUUGGGAUAAGUAAAGGGACAGGCUGUGCCUCAUGAGGUUGAGAUUUUAAGGUGGUUUCCAAGGGGCUAGUCCUUUGACAUCCCCAAACAGUGGCAUGAUUCAUAUAUGAUUUGACUUUAGAAUCCUACUAAACCUGCUAUUUUAAAGGGUUGAUUUAAACAUUGGAAUGAGAUUUUUGGACUGAUAGAUGAAUGUGUACAUUUAGACAACAAGGGAUGGAAGGGGUUAGACUGGUUUAUAUUCUUGUUAGCCUUGCAUCCUACGGUAUGGAUGCUGUCUUUAUUGUAAUAAAAUAAAAUUCAUUGGUGUAACCAGUGAACUACAGUGCUGCAAAAUAUAUCCAGCUUGGCAUCUGAAGUUUACCUUAAUACAAGAGAUACUGACUUGAAUAAAUGGGUGCUGACAAUGUUUGUCCUACAUGCAUGAGUUUAGAAUGUUGGGAAGAUGGGUAAAGAAGGUAGCGAUGCUGGGGAAAAAAAUAUAUAUAUAGAUAUAUAUAUAUAUUUUAUUUUUUUUUUUCAUUGGUAGACAGCAUCUUUGAAAAAUGUCUGGCAAGUAUUAGGGGUUCUCUCUUUACUUUAAAAUAUACUUAAUUUUCAAAAAAGGUUGGAGUAGAAAGGACAAAGAUAUACAAUUGAGGAAGGUUAAAGCAGGGUUUUAUAGCUCUUCAUACUUAAACAUAUUUCAUAGCAUUAUUCAUUUGUGAUUUUUUUAUAUAAUUUAUGAUCAACUUAUUAAUAAAAUACUGUGCAUCUUAGACUCUCACCACUACCCCUUUUCAGUUUUCUUUUUUUUUUUUUUUUUUUUAUCUAGGUGGAUGGAGAGCUUUAUUUGGUUAUGGGUGGUCCUUGAAGGUGGGCAUCCUAUCAGCCACUAUUAAUGAAAGCAUAAUUCAUCAUAUCACAAUGUCGCUUUCAUUUUGAAUGAAGCUAGCCUUAAACCACAGGAUAAUGUUUUCCCUUGACUGUCUUACAAAAAUGCAUAUCCCAUGCAAACCUACCUGUAGAGGUUAAAGAAAUUGUAAUUGCAUUCACUUGAUUUUGGCCAUUGUAACCAAAAUAGGAUGCAUGUUCUAAUUUUAUCCAUAGAAAAAGUGUUGUGUUCAGAUAUUCAACAUGCUGCAUUUUCAAAUACAGCAAGAAAGGAAGUACAGUAUUAAGCUACAGCACCAAUUUGUCUUCAUGUUUUUGUAUCUGUCCCCCAAAAUACAAUUUUCCUGAAGCCACACAUUGAGUGCCAAUCGUUUUGCAGAAGUGACUUCCUCUCACCUCUGAAAUGAUCCACUUGACUUCUCUAGAGAAGGUAUUUGUUACUGCAGUGCAGAAUAUGCAGUUUAAAGGUUAUCAGACUGGGGAGGUUUACUUGUUACUUUUGAUACUUGAGUGCACUGAUCUGUCUGUCUGUGAAUCCUCUUUAAUUGACCAGAAAGUGAAACUGUUAAAAUACCACUAAUAAUCACAAGCAUACACCCCUGUUGUCAGUCACAUUAUUAAUUCUGAAAACUGCAUGUUUUCACCCACUUCUCACACCUGUUUCUAUAGAAAAAUGGUAUUAAAUGUAUGUGGUCAAGAGGGGGGGAAAUAAAUUGCUGCUGAUGUGUUUAAUUAUUUUCAGCCCAGGGUCUUGGUGACUGAUUUUGUUUAUUGGUCUUGUUAAAAAACAAAAAAAUUAUAAUAAAAAAAAAAAAUGUAUGUAUUCAAAGGUGUAAUAAAACACUUUUUUUUU